GGAGUGGAGUAGUAUGCCUGACCAACGCGACUGGUCGACUGCUAGCCCGUAGCUGCGCUGUUGGCCUGUUGCCAUGCCAUAUCCGUCGAGCUGAAGCCUGAAGCAACCACCAUUUCGAUACGCGCGAGGGAACGGGGCCGGCCGGCCGGCCGGGGAUCGGAACUGAAGUGUGGGCACACAAGAGUCACAACAGGGGGAGUGGGGGACAUUCCAAUCAGUUCCCUGCGUGUGAGCGAUGCAGCGGGACGCGAGAAGCUGGUCGCCGGCGCCGGCCACGGACGCCGCCGGCCCUUACGCGAUGCCUUCGCCCGUGCAGCCGUCGACCAAGAGCACGAAGGAGACGGUGAAGAAUGCGCUGUCGCGGUGGGGGCGGAAGGUCGGGGAGGCGACCAGGAAGGCCGAGGGCCUGUCGCGCAACACAUGGCAGCACUUGAGGACGGCGCCGAGCAUCGCGGAGGCCGCGGUGGGGAGGAUCGCGCAGGGGACCAAGGUGCUGGCGGAGGGCGGCCACGACAGGAUAUUCCGCCAGGCCUUCAGCGCCCCGCCCGACGAGCAGCUGCGCAAGUCCUACGCUUGCUACCUCUCCACGGCCGCCGGCCCGGUGAUGGGCGUCCUGUACCUGUCCACGGCCAGGGUCGCCUUCUGCAGCGACAGCCCGCUGUCCUACGAGGCUUCCGGCGGCGACAGAACGGAGUGGACCCACUACAAGGUGGCGAUUCCUCUUCAACGGCUGCGGGCGGCGAGCCCGUCGGCCAACAAGACCAAGCCCGCGGAGAAGUUCAUCCAGCUGGUGUCGGUGGACAGUCACGAGUUCUGGUUCAUGGGCUUCGUCAACUACGACGGCGCGGUUGCGCACCUGCAGGAAGCGCUGAGCGGGUUCCGCAACCUGCAGGCGUGACAUGGAGGACCUCAAUGCAAUGGACAGUGUUGUCUUGUACGUGCUCGCCAGAACUGAUUGAUCGAACAGAGCGAUUGUGUACCCGCUCUCUGUGUGUGUUGCGGUGCUAGUGUUUGCAUCGUGUUGUGCGUGUGCGGAUUUGUAUGACAUUUUUUUGAUUUGGUUGCCAUUGUCAGCGAGAGAACAGUCCAAUCA